AUGUGUUCUACUUCUACUGAUAUGGAAUCGAUCCUAUGCGUAACCCCAGGAAGCCCUGAGGGGCACCGCGUCGACCAUCAACGAUUUUCGAUCCUAUGUGUUCUACGCAGAUGGCUUCGUUGUAAAGACCGCUCUCCGAUUCUGCCCUUGGAGGCAUCUGUGAGAGAGAAACAAGACUCCAUUACAAAGAUCACGCGCUUCUUAUUUUCUACCCUCCUCACCCAUUUUUUUCCUCCUUCAUUUUCAGGCUUCCAUUGUAAAUAG